AUGGUUCUAGUCACAGCUCGGAACUUGGCGCUGGGGCGCCCGGCCACUCAGUCCUCCAUAUAUGAAGGUGCGACUGGAAAACCCGUGGCUGGAAAGGCCGUGGAUGGAAAACGCGAUGGGCAGUGGGAACAAGACUCCUGCAGCCACACCCAGCUCGACACAGAGCCGUGGUGGAACGUGGACUUGGGCAGUCGUCAGUCUGUCUCCGCGGUGAUCGUGAAGAACAGAGAAGACUGCUGUGGGGAGAGAAUCAGAGGGGCCCAGAUCCGCGUGGGAGACUCCCUGGCCGACCAUGGCAAGCAGAACCCCAUCUGCGGGACCAUCACUGACACCACACCAGGAUCCCUCAGCACCAUCUGCUGCAACGGGCUGGAGGGCCGCUACGUCACCGUCACCAUCCCGGGCAGGGCUGAGUAUCUCACCCUGUGUGAGGUCGAGGUCUAUGGCACCCAGCUGGGGGAUGAGUGCUAG